AAAGCAACAGCGUGCUCUAAUUUGUAGGAAGUGUUACCUCACUUCCGGCGCAGCUGCGGUUCUUUGCCGCACUCUUGCCGCGGCGUCGCCCAGAGCGCAUUCCUGUUCCAGAGCGUCUCCAGCGGACACACAGGCUGCACAUUCCUCUGUAGGCGCGGUGGACUUUCCCGAGCUGCAGGUUGUUUCGCGUGGGCUGGAAAAAGAGUAGUUUUACCUCCGUGUCAGUGGGCUAAUGACGCUUCUACUGCUGCGCCUCAGCGACGGGAGCUGGUAGCUGGAGUGGACGGAGGGGACACGGUGGGACAUGGACCGUGAGACGCAGUCAGAGUGUGUACCUGCGCGUUUUCAGAGAGUGUGACGGACUGAUUUGGAGUCUCAUUUCAGUGCUUUUGGCCAUGGCGGGCUGCUGGCAUUGGUGCCACCGCACGUGCAUGUGCUGUCUGUCCGAGGAGGAAAAGAAGACCAUUGCAGUGGACAAAGAGAUCCAGAGGAUCCUCAAGCAGCAGAAGAAGAAGGAGAGAAGGGAGAUUAAAAUCCUCCUGCUGGGUACCGGGGAGAGCGGAAAAACCACCUUCAUCCGACAGAUGAGGAUCAUCCAUGGACGAGGCUUCUCAGAGGAGGAGAGGAGGACCUUUGCCAAAUGCAUCUACCAGAACAUUUUCUCAGCCAUGAAGGCGAUGACGGGAGCCAUGACCACAUUGAAAAUCCCCUAUUUCAACCCUGAGAAUGAGAUCUACGCCAGAUGGGUGCAGGACAUAAACACGGUGCAGAUCUCCCAGAUGGAUCGAGGCUACGCUGACGCAAUCCGCCGACUCUGGGCAGAUUCUGGAAUUCGGGUCUGUUACAGCCGGCGCUGCGAGUACCAGCUGCUGGACUCCACAGAGUACUACAUGAGUAACCUGGACCGCAUCUCUGCCCCAGACUACAUUCCCACAGAGCAGGACGUGUUGCGAGUUCGAUUCCCCACCACGGGCAUCCAUGAUUACUCCUUCACCAUCAAGACCAUCACGCUAAGGAUCGUGGAUGUGGGUGGUCAGAAGUCGGAGCGUCGGAAGUGGAUUCACUGUUUUGAAAACGUCACCUCCCUCAUCUUCCUGGCCUCCCUCAGCGAGUACGACCAGGUCCUGGAGGAGAGAGAGACCAUCAACCGUAUGCAUGAGAGUCUGGCUCUGUUCUACACCACCAUCCAUUCUCCGUGGUUCUUCAACACCUCCAUAAUCCUCUUCCUCAACAAGACUGACAUCCUGGCUGACAAAAUCCAGACCUCUGACUUGCAGAAAUAUUUCCCCAGCUUCACAGGUAAGAGGCACGACCCAGAGGACGCCAAGAUCUUCAUCCGCAAGUUGUACGAGCAGCAGGCCGUCAACCGCGACAACAGAGACAGUUGGAAGACUCUCUACCCGCACUUCACCUGUGCCACAGACACUAACAACAUCCGCAGGGUGUUCAGUGACAUCAAGGACACGGUGCUGCUCAAGUCUCUCAGGGACUACGGAGUCAUCUGAACUUUGACACAUCGGUGAAACACAGUGACUCUGUCUGCGCUAUGUACGUCUACUAAUGAAGGCCAAAAUGUUGCGUCUUUUUCUGUUUGUUAUUUUUUUCCUAAAGCCUGGACAAUCAGACCAUCCUUCAUGCUCCUGUCCACCCUCUUCCUCCUCUCCCUCAUCAGGGUUUAAUGAAGAAGCGUGGUGGAGAACAACAGGACAAGUCUGCAAUUUUCUCUCACCUUUGCCACCAUCACUAGCUCGCUCUCUUGUCCUCCUCCUCUCAAGUAGAAAACAUGAAGACGUUUAGGGAGAUUGGAGACAAAACAAGACUUGAAUGACUUCAGUAAUCACCCUCAUGUCUCUCAGCCAGGAGCUUUUCCUCCUCAUUUGGAGUGUUUUGGUCAUGCAGUGACUGAAUUGAUCCAUAAUUGUAGCAGGAGCAGAGAUGCUAUGAAGUGCUGCACUGCCAUUAACGGAGUAAUGACUUUUCACAAGUGGCGAUGGGGCCACGCUUGGGUACGCCACCCUGUCACUCUCAUUUUAAAUGCUUUAUUUGAAUCCUCCAAGUACAUUCAGGUUCAAUGCAUACUGCUUCUAUUAUGCAACAUAAACACAUGAGUUACUAUCUGCUGCAUCUUUUACUGUCAGACAUUGUGAAUCGAGGGAUUUUCUCUCUGUGAUUAACGUCUUAACGGCUUCACAAACACUGGGCUCCUGUCAGAGGGCCAAAAUCCCGAUUGAUUACAGUAAUAUCGCACACUGGCAAUAUUCCUAUCUGCACUGUCUCCCUUAAUUCUUAUGUGCCUUUUGGAGUCCUCCUCAAAGUGCCAUAACAAUAGUGUGUGAUGACAUCCCUACACUCACCUCCAGUCAGUUGCUGUGUCUGUGUUGAAUGGUUUAUCGUGCAACUCCCUGUCACACGUGGAUAAAAUACACACUGUGGGGCGAGUUCACAAAGAAUUGCACAUCGCUUGCAACCACUCUCUGCCUCUUCUCAAGGUCUGAAACGAUACUGCACGGAUGACAUUACAGUGCAAACACGCCCAUAAAGUUCUGCAGCUGGGUGCAAUUAGAUUUUUUGUGUGUGACUGCAAUUAUCCAUGUGGCAAUGUAUAAAUAUUGUCUUUGCACUGUGUUCAAAAAGAGAGGACCACAGCAUGUGUGGAUCUUUAUUGGAAAUUGCUUCAGUCAGUACCAGCAGGGAGUCACAAAAAAAACACAAAGACAGAAUUACAGUAGAUGUGAUGUGGAGAAAAAAGUUCAUAUGGUUUGAAAAUGUAGAAACCAAAUUAUCCUUCCAGCCUCUGAUUUGCUCAUAGAUAUUAAAUGUUGUAAAUCACAAACUCUGCCAUUGUUAAACCUAAUUUCUUCAGGGGUUUUUUAAAUUUAUUUUCCCAUCAGACUAGUGAAUUUGCUUUUCUUAGUCAAUGGUUGGUUGAUCCACCUGUUGUUUGCAUUAAUCCGUUUUUUGGUUGUUGUUGAAGACUCUCAAUCCUGGUUUCUGUUACGUUUUAUCAAAAGGUUGUGAGAAAACCUUUGAUGGAAGUAAAGGGCAAAAGACGCAAAAAACAAACUCAGUGUGCAAAAGGCCUUAACAGUGGAUCACUUGACUACUUAUACAAGACAGGAGUUGCUUGUAUUAACAACCCCACAAAGAAUGAUCAGCUAACUCUGCAGGUUCUCUUAACUCUACAGAACAUUAACAUCAUUCAGCUCACAACUUUAGUGUUUCUGCUCACUCUCAUCACCUUGUUUCCAGAUGCAACAGGCAGCUGCUCUGAGCAGAAAAAGCUCUAAUAAACCCCUGAUUGCUUCCUGCUCAGCAUAAAACAGCAGACACACACAGUUGGCAACUAGCUAGUGAACAUAGUGGAGCAUUUAGCAGCUAAACAGCCAGAGAUUUCCCUCAGGAGUUGGUGGAGAACAAAAACACAGCUAAAGGGAGUGAAUAUUGGACUUCCAUUCACCAGGUCACCAGAAUCACAACUAAACAAGUUGUACAAGCUUGCAUCAAAGUGCCUAAAAAACAGUUAUAGCUGGAGUGCAGGACUUUUACAUAUAAAUGAACGUCUCUUACAUUUAAGCCCGUACUAAACAGAAUCACACGAUGCUGAUUAGGCCUACCAUAGCCAGGGAAAGCUCUCUGUAUUUCACAGUUCACCAGAACUGUGGUGUCUGUGGAGACUUUCCUGCACUGGUGCACCAAAAGUGAUGCAUUUUACGUCAACCAGACAGAGUUAAAGGGGGCAGGAAGUGGGGAGAGAUGGCAGCAGAAGAUCUUGAGAAGUAUCCAAGAAAAGUUCCUGAAGUGGAUGCGCCAGAUAAAAAAGAAGCUCUGCGUUUAGAGAAGGAAUACAUUUUAAAAAAGACUUGACGAGCAAGUUCCUGGGGGUGGGGGAGAUGCAGUGGGCUCUCCUGUAGGCAUACGUCAGUGUCAGAACAACAAUAACAGGGAGGCAAAACCACAAGGUAGGAGAGGUGGUGGGGCCUUUUGCAGAUCUUUGCCCAGGAGCCAGUUGUCUCGUAAUCCACCCAUGGUCAAAGGCACAUGUUCGACAGUGUUCGUGUAAUUACUCCCACUGCCAGAGGAGGGAGAUAAAAGUUCUACACUCCAGCUUUAACUGCCUAAAUAUCUAUUUUUCACUGUGUCAAAAAAUAGUCGUUCACAGUCUCUGAACUAUUCCUGUUUUGUACUUCUUGACAUUCACUUUCCACACCGCAACAAAGCCAACAGCUGAUUCUUCAGCGCUCGGCGCAAUUAAUACACUACAAUAAAAUCAAUAGCACAAAUUUGAGCACAAAUCACAGUUGGAGGCUGACAAGGUUUAAAAGGUCACGAGUGAGGGAACUGAGAUGUGUUUGAGAAGGCAGCUCGACUCACUGCGAGUUCAAAUCAGCGAUGGUGGGGGAAGAAAAAAAAAAUCCAACAGGAUAAAGAUUAUUAAUAUAAAGUGGCAGUGUGAACUCUCUGUGCAUCAGUUUUAUAUCAGUGUGUGGAGAUGGGAAUUUAAUAAUAUUGAUUACAGGUAUGAGGGGGACCCCCCCUGUGUGCCUCAUUGAGUGUUGAGUGGAAAAUGACAUUGAAAUUCAUUGAAUGAAGUGACCGUGAUGAGGCGAACAUCAGCUCACUUAAUGAUGAAAAUGUUUAAUUGUACUGUACAUUUACUGAUGACUACUUCUGAUUGAGUUUGAACUGCUGUAUUUUUUAAUUCUGUUUACCAACAGCACAUAAACUGUGAUUGUCUAGUGAGCUACUUUCCGGCGAUGGGAGACCUCCUCUCAUACGGUGACAGUGAAUUGUUGUGUGUAGACUUGGGUGGAGGAAAUGGGCAAAUAUUUUUUUUCUAGUUAAUAUUAAAAGCAAACUUUGGAAUACACACA